UGACCAAUUUUAUGCAGAAAUCCAGGUAUUUCUAAAGGGUACUUUUCCUUGCCACUGUACAUGGAAAAGUCAUGUCAGAAAUGUUGACAAAGUGUAAAAAGGUGGUGAAUCUGUCCCUUGACACAAUCAUGUCUCGCAGCUCUACGGACAAUUCCUUCGACCUCAUGGGCUGGUUUUUGCUCUGCACUGUCAACUUUGGGACCUUGUAUAGACAGGUGUGUGCCUUUCCAAGUCAUGUCCAAUCAAUUGAAUUUACCACAGGUGGACUCCAAUCAAGUUGUAGAAACAUCUCAAGGAUGAUCAAUGGAAACAGAAUGCACCAAGGACCCAGAUAUUGGGCGCACAGGAGCAGGCGUUUACGUUCCUGAAUUUGAUGUGCAGAAGACUAACAGAUGAACUGUCAGUAUACUCAGUUGAACUGUUGGCGAUAGUAGUUGCCCUCCAGUGGGUGGAGGACAUACAACCUGUUAGAAUUAUAGUAUGCUCAGAUUCUCUGUCUGUAUUAAAUCACUUAUCAUCUGGUAAAUCUAAUAGGAGUGACUUACUAUUGGAGGUAUUCAUGUUAUUUUGGAGAAUUGAGAGAUGGUGUAGUAGUGAAUUUCUGCUGGGUCCCAGCACAUUCGGGUGGGGAAGGGAAUUAAAUUGUAGACCAGUUAGCCAAAAGAGCUUUGAAACGAGAUAUAAUUGAUAUUAAUGUUCCACUGGGUAGAGGUGAGGCCAGAUGUAAGAUCAGAGCCAGUUUGAUAGAAUUGUGGCAGAAGAGAUGUGACUGAGUCCAAGGGCCGGAAUUUAUAUGCCCUCCAAAGAAAGUUCGGUGGACCAAGAUUCAAAGAUCAGAUUAGGAAGGAAGAGGUGGUGCUUGCUCGAUUGCACUUAGGACAUUGUAGAUUGAGCUCGUCAUUACAUCUGGUUGGCAAGCCAUGUGCAUGGUUUCUGUCUGGAUUGUAUUGUCGAUGAAACGGUGGAGCAUGUGUUAAUAUAGUGUUGUAGGUAUGUUGAAGAGAGGGAAAGAUUGAAGUGUAGGGUCAUGAAGGUUAUACAGGGUUGGGGGCAUUUGGAAAGGAUUUUGGGUAUGGAGGAGUGUCUAUUAGAAGUUAGUAGGUCUCUUUUUUUCUUCUUUUUCUCAGAGGUACUGGGGUAGGUAGGAGGAUUUAGAAAUGUUGUAAACCGUGAUUGACCACACACUCCAGCACAGUUGGUGGCGGCAUGCACCUUUAACGUUUGUUUGCGGGCCGCCAUUAUAUCAUAGAAGAUUUAUACUUCGUUUGCCAGGGUCAGAGUAGUGCACGCGUCGUAUGCUGAAGCAGUGAAGAAAGAAUGGAUCAAGGGCGAACGAUUCUGAGAGGAUCCCUGUGAAUAGUAGAUCUGUGCCAGAACGGAGGGAUAGGCCAAUGAGUGAUAUGUUUCAGUAAGGUUAGCUUAGCGUUCAUAGCAAUGGUCAAAGUGUAAUUAAUUCACACUCCAGCACAGUAAACUGACACAGCCCACACAGUAGGUGGCGUCAUGCACCUCGAACAUAUGUUUGCAGACCGCCAUAAUACCAUAGAAUAAGAUUAUGCCUUAGUUGUUUUGAAGAGGAUUCUACUGUGUCCGAAAGCGACUUUACCAUUAAUUUUCUGUAUUCAGGGUUCACUCAAACAUCGCAUUAAGCUUUGUUUGACUAUUGACAGUUACAGCUGAUCACACUAAUAGCACAUUUGAUAAUAUAGACCAUGUGUUAAAAUAUGUUAAAAUCAUUUUUACAAAUAUAUUAUUGAGCCCAUUUCUGAAGGUGGAAAUUUGAUUUUAGAUGGUGUCCAGCAUAAUUGUAUUUUCAUAAAUGUUGGUGUAGAAAAUCCUUUGAAAAAGUCACCAGAACUGAGCUUUUCAGUCCUACAUAAAUUAUCCCAGGGAGGACCCCGGAUCCCCUAAGCAAGAGGAAUGGAAUUGGUCAAACUCAGUUUAAUACAUGUAGAAAUUAUCCUCUUUCCCUAAAAGCAUGAUGGUCAUGAUUUUCUUACAUAAAAGGAGAUAUUAACUUCAGUGGCAGUUGGUGCCUUUUAAGAUGAGGGAGGACAAUUCGGGUUUUUUUUAUGAGCAUGGCCUUAUUUCUAUUACAGCAUAUUGGAUGACUGUUAUUCAUAUUCCAUUCACCCAGCUCAAUGUAACAUUGAUAGUUCUAGGCUACUACAUGAUACUCACAUUUUCCCUAUACUCAUCAUGAGGUUGCUACAACCUAGCCUAUUAAUGAAAGUUUACAAUGUAGGUGCACAGGUCGAGAGAAAUUUGAGUAAUCAAGGUGACAGACAUUGACACAUUCAAUACUGCCAUGCACAUUCUUGCCUGCGUCUAGCUGAUCUAGGGUGUAAUCAUUAGUCCAGCAGUUGCAAACAAGAGUUUCUAUUGGACAAAUUCUGGUAUGUUUUGUUCCAUUUAAGAAGCGUUUUAACAGAAUCGGCAGAAUGAAUACACCCCUGAAAACACAGUUCACUUUCAUAGUGGCCACAUAAAAAAAACAUGAUCCCUUUGAUUGUUGUAUUCCUUCUCACAUUUAAGCUCUCUCCGCACAUCUUUUCUCUUCAUUUGUGGACAUCAGUACACAACACAUCAGCUUUUUGUGACCUGGGGCCUGUUGCACAAAAGUAGAAUUAAGACAUCCGGGAUAAAUGACUCAGCUGAGCUCAAUGAAGCCAAAACAUGUGCGUCCAGGCUUAAUUGGUUGCACAAAGACCAAGCCAGGAUGAGCAGACACGGAUUCAUUAAGCCAGGUGAAACCAAUCCUGGAUAGGUGCGCGCUCACGGCUCACUCAAAUAGACCCCGCCACAGAUCACAGAUUAACUGAUUUACCAUGGCAACUAGAGCCGCGUACUUUUCCCCGUCGGAAGCACAAAUCCUCAUGGAGGCAUACGAGGAGGUAAAAGAUAUAAUUAAGAAGAAAGGCAACACCGCCACAGUGAUAAAGCAAAGAGAAAAAGCGUGGCAAAGUAUUGCAGACCGCCUGAAUGCGUAAGUAGUGCACAAUUACACAGUCACCGCUCCGCUGAAAUAUCACAAUUACAAUUCAAAUAUUUAAUUCACAUCUCCAAAAAUGCAGUUGUACUGUAAUUAUGAAACGGUUAAAUUUUUAAUUGAAAUGCACUGCAGAUAUGAGUGAAAUUGUGUAAAGUAACUCCAUCACACUGUAUAAAGUUAUGAUAAAUUUUUUGAUAUUUUUACUGAAAACAAGACAAAAAUACCAAGUAAUUUUUUGCAGUGUGACUCCAUUAAAUGUGUGUGUGUGUGUGUGUGUGUGUGUGUAGAUUAAACAUGAACGGGCCAAAACGGACAUGGCAGCAGGUCAAAAUCAAAUACAAGAACAUUCUGCAGAAUGCAGUGAAAAAGAAUACCCACAGACAAGGCACGGGUGGUGGGUCACCAAAGGCUGACCUUACCCCAGCAGAGGACAUGGCCUUGGAGCUAAAUAAAGGCAGGCCCGUCUUAGAGGGGAUCCCUAGGGGGAAAGAGACGAGCAUAGGUUCCUCCCAAGAUGCCACCCGCUUCAUUCAAGUGUCUGGCAGCACUGUGUUCCUGUUAGAGCCACCAGCACAAGCACCAGACGAUGCUGAUCCAGGUGAAGGCCCCAGUGCAGCAGCAACAGCACAUGAUGGAGACGAUGAUGAGGAGGAGACCAUCUCUCUGGAUUCCAGAAGGCAUGAGGACCCAGAUGCUAUACAGUGGGAAAACCAGCCUGGCAACAUAAGCUCACAAGCUAUCAGAAAGUUGUAUGGCAACCACCUCCGGCACCAAAUAGAACUGGCAGACAUAGACAUUCAGUACAAGAAGAAAAAGAUGGAAAAUCUUGCACUGGAGUCCGAAAUAAAAAAGAGGACAAUUAGGAAACUGGACCUUGAAAUAAAAAAACUUGAGAGGGAGCUCCAAGAAGAUGACACAGCUCAAAAUAAAAAAUUAGCAAUCAGUACAACCAAGUCAUCGUUAUAAGGCAUCGCCCUCUUUUGCCCACCCCCCCCAGCACCAGGUGUGGCCACUAUCCUAUAUGAAGGCCCAAAAUUGUGUGUUCCUUUCUGCUCUGACAAUGGCAUGCCCAUUCGUGCGAGAUGUGGUGGAUGAAGAAGCACUUGUGCUGAGGAGAGCCUUCAGGCGAGAAAGGGUCUUCAGGGACCGGUUGGACCCACUGGCCUUCCCUGAUGACCAUCUAUAUGAAAGAUACAGGUUUUCUGCAGAUGGCAUCAGGUAUCUAUGCAGACUACUGGGUUCCAGGAUUAAGCACCGCACUGCACGGAGCCAUGCAAUGAGUGUGGAGCAAAUGGUUUGUGUGGCCUUGCGCUUUUUUGCUAGUGGAGCCUUCC